AUAUAUAAGUAGAGGCGUAGCCGAUCUUCAGCCCACAAGCCCAAAAGUGAAGGGAGAAAGAAAGUUGAUGGAAAAGAAGGGAAGAGCACUAAAAGGCUGCUUCAAGGAAGACGAACGCACACACACUACGAACUCCACCUCCAACCAAAUUCCCUUUUCCCAAACUUUAUAUAAGCCACAUAGCAACUCAUUAUCAUAUUAACACACACACACAUACCCACCACUCUGUCUUUCGAGGAGGAAAAGAACAAAGCAAGUGAAAUAUAAUUAGUAAACUCCCCCACCCCCUUUGCUUUGGGGACUGCAAGCGCUGCCUUGCAACUCUCAAAGCUGCAUUCUGCAUCAGUAUAGCCCAAUAAAGAAUUGUUCUACUGCUAAAUACUCACAACCCCAUAAACCAAAGCGCAUGCCCCUUAACCUACUCGUCAUCUUCAAACAAGAGAGGAAAAGAAUUAAGGAAAAACUUCUGUUUCCUUCAACUUUCAGUCAUAUUUCAUCUUCUGUGCUUGUUUUCUUGAUCUGGGCUUCUCAAGAAACUAGGCAAAGAUGAUAACUUUGUCUGAUUUUUACCAUGUUAUGACUGCAAUGGUGCCACUCUAUGUGGCCAUGACAUUAGCCUACGGCUCGGUGAAGUGGUGGAAAAUUUUCACACCAGAUCAGUGCUCAGGCAUCAACCGCUUUGUGGCGCUAUUUGCUGUCCCUCUUCUUUCUUUCCACUUUAUUGCUAAAAAUGAUCCUUACACUAUGAACUUCAGGUUCAUUGCUGCUGACACUCUUCAGAAGCUCAUUGUUCUUGCAGUUUUAGCGGUGUGGGCUAACUUGAGCAAAAGGGGUUGCUUGGAAUGGACAAUCACACUUUUCUCACUCUCAACUCUCCCAAACACUCUAGUUAUGGGCAUCCCUUUGUUGAAGGGAAUGUAUGGGGAGUUCUCCGGUGAUCUAAUGGUGCAAAUUGUUGUUCUUCAAUGCAUCAUUUGGUACACCCUGAUGCUGUUCAUGUUUGAGUUCAGAGGAGCAAGGAUGUUGAUUUCUGAGCAGUUUCCAGACACAGCAGGCUCUAUUGUCUCCAUCCAUGUUGACUCUGAUGUGAUGUCCCUGGACGGGAGGCAGCCUCUCGAGACUGAAGCAGAAAUCAAAGAAGAUGGGAAACUCCAUGUGACUGUGAGGAAAUCCAAUGCCUCAAGAUCCGACAUCUUCUCAAAAGGCUUUUCAUCAAACACUCCGAGGGCAUCGAACCUCACCAACGCAGAGAUUUACUCCCUCCAGUCCUCAAGAAACCCUACUCCAAGAGGGUCCAGCUUCAACCACACAGACUUCUACUCCAUGAUGGGGGGUGGAAGGAAUUCAAACUUCGGCGCAAACGACGUUUAUGGGCUCUCAGCAUCAAGAGGGCCAACUCCAAGGCCCUCCAACUUCGAGGAGGAAACUGGGAACAAAUCAAGAUUCUAUCCAAACCAUUACCCAGCACCCAAUCCUGGUAUGUUUUCACCCACAGCUGCAUCCAAACUGGCGAAGAAGCAAAAUGCGCAGCACAAGAGCGGCGAGGAAGGCGGGGGGAAAGAUCUUCACAUGUUUGUUUGGAGCUCAAGUGCCUCUCCUGUUUCGGAUGUCUUCGGAGGCCAUGACUACGGAGCUUCGGAACACCAUGCUGCUAAUGGCAAGGAAGUCAGAGUCGCUCUUUCUCCUGCCAAAGUGGAGGGGCAUAGAGAGAAUGAAGAAGAGUAUAUGGAGAGAGAGGACUUGAGCUUUAGAAAGAGAGAGAAUGAAGGGGAGAAGAAAGGGAAUGGGAAUGGGAAAGCAAUGCCUCCAGCAAGUGUAAUGACAAGGCUUAUUUUGAUAAUGGUUUGGAGGAAACUCAUCAGAAACCCCAACACCUACUCCAGCUUACUUGGCCUCACUUGGUCUCUUGUUUCCUUCAGGUGGCAUGUUGAGAUGCCUGCUAUAAUAGCAAAAUCCAUUUCUAUACUGUCUGAUGCGGGACUUGGCAUGGCCAUGUUUAGCCUUGGUCUGUUCAUGGCAUUGCAGCCGAGGAUCAUAGCAUGUGGUAAUUCCGUGGCAGCUUUUGCUAUGGCUGUGAGAUUCCUUACAGGACCAGCUGUCAUGGCUGCUGCUUCCAUUGCUGUUGGCCUUCGUGGCGUUCUCCUCCGCGUUGCUAUUGUUCAGGCUGCUCUGCCUCAGGGAAUAGUCCCCUUUGUUUUCGCCAAGGAGUACAACGUCCAUCCGGAUAUUCUCAGUACAGGUGUCAUUUUCGGAAUGUUGAUCGCAUUGCCCAUAACACUAGUCUACUACAUUUUGUUGGGGCUAUGAAGGUGGAAUCGAUCAUUUGAUAGGUAAA